AUGCAAAAAGCAGUAGUUGGAUUUAGCCAAUUGGUUAAAUUAGCUGGAUGCUGGGGUAGAACCAUUUCUGCAUGGCCUGAAUUACGACAGUAUCGAGGAUAUGCGAUAACACAAAGAAAUGAGCCAGCGGAGCCAUAUUCGAAAUUUAUGGACCUUGCUUUGACAACAGGAACGAAGAAAAUACUGAUAACUGGAGCACUAGGACAGCUUGGAUAUGGAUUAGCAACUACUUUACGCAGAAUAUACGGCGAUGAUAUGGUAAUUAUGACAGAUAUCGUAAAAGCACGAAAGGAGGAGAACUAUGAUCCGUUCUAUUAUCUGAAUAUUCUGAACCAAUCAGCUAUUGAUCAAAUGGUUGUCAAUCAUAACAUUGACACAAUUAUCCAUUUUUCUGCCUUACUCAGUGCUACUGGCGAAGCAAAUGUUCCGUUGGCACUUAAGAUAAAUGUUGAAGGAGUGCAAAAUAUUUUGGAAGUUGCCAGACAGCACAAAGCAAAAAUUUUCAUCCCAAGCAGUAUUGGUGCAUUUGGUCCAACAACACCCCUCGAUCAUACUCCCGACUUGUGCAUCCAAAGACCGCGUACCAUAUAUGGAGUCACUAAGGUAUAUGCCGAACUUCUUGGUGAAUAUUACAAUGAACGUUUCGGCGUUGAUUUCCGUUCAUUACGUUUCCCAGGCAUUAUUAGUGCUACACAACCGGGAGGCGGUACAACUGAUUACGCUGUACAAAUAUUCUAUGAUGCACUAAUUUAUGGGAAACAUAAGUGUUAUUUGCAUCCGAAUUCACGAUUACCAAUGAUGUAUUACGCUGAUUGCAUUACAUCUGUCAUUUUAUAUUUAUCAGUGCCAGGUGAAAAAUUAACACAUCGAACUUAUAAUGUUACGGGUUACUCGUUUACACCGCACGAAAUUGCAGCAGCAAUUUGCAAAGUGAUGCCAAAUUUCAAAAUCGAAUAUGAAGUUUGUCCGAUCAGACAAAAGAUUGCUGAUUCUUGGCCCAAAAGGUUGGAUGAUACAAAUGCAAAGAAGGAUUGGAAUUGGGAGCCAAUGUAUGACUUAGAAGCAACCAUUAAUGUAAUGUUUGAUUUGGUUAAACGUCAACUGAAUGAGGAAGGAAAAAGCACUAUUAUAUAA